AUGAAAACCAAAACGAAGGUACUAGACAAGGAAAAUAUUUUGGAAAUAGGAUGGUUUGGAGAAUUAGAUCAAUAUUUAUCGAAUCUAGUUCCGAAUGGAAUAGUAAAAAUCAAAAAUGGAAAUAGCAUGACACAAUUUGGUUCGGAAAUCAAAAAGAACUAUAUGCAAGAGAUGAUGAAACAAAUGAAACAAAUGAUGAAAUUACAAAAAGAAUUUGAACUUGAAUUGGUGUUAAAAAACAUAAUGAGUCCAUUAACGGCAAAUAAAUCUGUCCUUCAUCAUCCGGUUGUUGCCCAAAGGCUAAAAGCAGAAAGAUUUGCUAAAUUAAAUAAGGAAAAGCCGAAAAAGCACUACUCACGGUCAUAUAUCAAGGAAUUUGAUAAAGUUCAGUGCAAAAAUAUUCCGUCAGAAGUUGAAGAAAUGGGUAUAAAAUUCCGUGAACUGAAAUUCGGGGAAAGUUGUGUUUUCGAUUUUUACAAACACGGGAGAAAUUUAAAACGAAAAAUCAACGAACAUAGCAAAGAAAUUGGACUAUACCUGCCGCGAUCAGACUUACAAGUCAAAUUAAAUGACUAUAACUUAAACACAAUGACCAAGAUUAAUAUAAACAAUCUUGAAGACCUAAAAAUCUUCCACGAAAUGGCGAGCAAACUAAUAAAAGAACCCUAUCACGGCUGUUUUUAG